AUUAGUCACGCGUGUAUCCGCUGCCGGCCUGGUCGCGCGGCUCGCAGUGCACUCGACACAAAAAAUACGAACGAGAAUACGAAUCACCUACAUCGAGAGGCGUUUAAACGGGGAAAAUAACUGUCUUUAAUGCAACUCGCUUAUCAGUGUGACAUUUGUUGUGUUUGCUUAUGAGACGUCGCUUCGACGUUUAUGACAGCGUUUGUUGCUGUGCCGUUACAGUUAGGUCACGAAAAUCGUCUCAAGUUCGGCUAUAUUGUGUGUUGAAGGAAAACCUUCAGUUUAAUGUGACCAGUGCCUUAAGGUGACUAAUUUAAAGUGACAGUGACUCGAAAAUGAUAUUGGUUCUGAAAACCACUAAUCAUUUCACAGUAGGUGCUAGUGUUUUACUGUGCAUAUAGAACAUUUAUGUAGUGUACAGAGUUCUUCCUACAAGAUACGUGCACAGAUAUUGACCUAAAGUCGAUAAUAAAGGAAUAAAAAUGAUUGGACGAACGAGCUUACUGUUAUGCGUGUGGACGAGCGUGCUAGCGGUUUGCAUGUGCCAACGCGCCGAGCAGUUGUUAGCCCAGAACCCAUGCUCGAGUAAAACAACUUGUAGCGAUUGCGCCCGAACGCCGUCCUGUGCGUGGUGCUUCGCCCACGAUUUCAACGGACCUCGCUGCUUCAACCCCUCGAUGGAAGGCGGCACUGCUGGCUGCGAUGAAGCGUAUAUAUUCAACCCAGACAACCAACAGUCCAUCGAUCCAAUGUACAAUCGGGAAUUAACUAGAGCAAAGGGUCGUAUGGGUAUUGGAAUGGAGUCUUCCUAUUACGAAGAGUCAAUGAGCAGUAGCAGUAGCAGUAGCAGUAGCAGCAGCGUGAAAGGUGGAGGUUACGGAGCCACCGGAGGCGAUAACCUCGUGCAAAUCAAGCCACAGAGAGUGAAGCUACAAUUGCGAAUGAAUCAGAUGCAAAAAAUGUCUUUCUCAUACGCCCAAGCGCAAGACUACCCAGUAGAUCUCUACUACCUCAUGGACCUUAGUAGAUCGAUGAAAAAUGACAAAGAGAAACUCAGUACGCUCGGCAGUUUGCUCUCAAGUACGAUGAGAAAUAUAACCUCCAAUUUUAGAAUCGGGUUCGGUUCGUUCGUCGACAAACUCGUAAUGCCAUAUGUUUCUACUGUGCCUAAAAAUUUAAUAUCACCAUGCGACAGCUGUGCAGCACCAUACGGCUACAAGAAUCAAAUGUCUCUUAGCAACGAUACUGACUUUUUCGAUAAAGCAGUAGCGCACGCAGAAGUGUCGGGUAACUUGGACGCACCUGAAGGCGGUUUUGACGCAAUCAUGCAAGCGGUUGUUUGCAAGAACGAGAUAGGUUGGCGGGAGCAUGCCAGAAAACUUCUUGUAUUCUCUACCGAUGCGGGAUUCCACUACGCUGGUGAUGGAAAGCUAGGAGGUAUCGUCCAGCCGAAUGACGGGGAUUGCCAUAUGGAGGAUAACUCAUACACUUAUUCAACUACCCAGGAUUACCCCAGUAUUUCUCAGAUUAAUCUUAAGGUGAAGGAACACGCCAUCAACGUUAUAUUCGCCGUGACCUCGGAACAGAUCAGCGUAUACGAGCAGCUUAGCAAACACAUUGAGGGCUCCAGCAGCGGGAUCCUCAGCGAAGACUCUGACAACGUAGUCGAUCUCGUGCGGGAACAGUACAAUAAAAUCACGUCAACGGUUGAAAUGAAAGACACGUCGAGCGACGCGCUGCAAAUAGCAUAUUACUCGUCCUGUCUGGGCAGCAAGGACAACGUUGUGCAAACCAACAAAUGUGACGGACUUAAGGUGAGUGACGUUGUAGAAUUCACUGCGGAGAUCACAUUGAAAGAGUGUCCCAAAGAUCCAAACAAAUGGAAGCAAAGUUUCACUAUCUACCCAGUUGGUGUGUCUGAGAGUCUCAAUGUGGAAGUUGAAAUGCUGUGCGACUGUCCUUGCGAACAUCCCGGGCAUCAUGCGUACGACGACAGAUCAGACGUGUGCAGCGGUCACGGCAUUUCAGCGUGCGGAGUGUGCUUAUGCAAGCCUGGUCGCUUCGGUAAAAGCUGCGAGUGUUCUGCGCACGGCGGCGUGUCAUUAGAGCAGGAACGCGGCUGUAGACCAACAAACGCCACUUCCGGUCCGCUGUGCUCCAACCGCGGCACUUGUAUCUGUGGAGUCUGCGAGUGCAACAAGAUGGAGGACACACUAAAGGUAAUAUCCGGCCCGUUCUGCGAGUGCGACAACUUUACGUGUGACAUGAACAAGGGCCAACUGUGCUCGGGACCAGACCAUGGGGAGUGUGUUUGCGGGAAAUGUAGCUGCCGGCCUGAGUACACCGGGCCCGCCUGCCGAUGUCUGAAGGACCAGAAGCCUUGUAUAUCACCUGAAAACGGCAAAAUCUGCGGCGGUAACGGUAAAUGUGUCUGCGGAGAGUGCGUGUGCGAUGUCGAAGACGAUCGUCACUAUUCCGGAAAGUACUGCGACAAAUGUCCGACGUGCCCGGGCAAAUGCGAGGACUUCAAGCUUUGCGUCCUUUGUGAAGUGCACAAACGCGGACCAAAGUACAACCAAGAUGCGCCCGACCGCGAGUGUGGUGACUGUGCUUUAUACCCCGAGGUUGUUGAAGGCAAAAUCGAAGCGAACGAAACGUUGAACGAGCACUUGUGCAGCUUCUACGACGAGGAAGACUGUCUGUACGUGUACGUGUACUCGUAUAACGAAAGUCAGCAUCUACACAUCAGAGCGCAAAAGGAGCACGAGUGUCCGCGAAAGGUUUUCAUCCUCGGCAUUGUCCUGGGUGUUAUAGCUGCGAUAGUGCUGGUUGGCUUGGCGCUGCUUAUGCUGUGGAAGAUGGUCACAACGAUACACGACCGACGGGAAUUCGCGCGAUUUGAGAAAGAACGCAUGAUGGCCAAAUGGGACACGGGCGAGAAUCCUAUUUACAAACAAGCAACAUCUACCUUCAAAAAUCCAACGUAUGCCGGAAAAUAAGAAUCUGUGUGACUGCUAAUAAGCGGUUUAAAGUUUUAAGAAGAUGCUACUAAAGUAA